AAAGGACAAAGCGACAGUCUGACUCUAACCACAGUUUUUACAUUUGUUCCUCGUGUUAUUGGACGUGUUCUCAGGAUACACAAAGAGAUCACACCGGUCAUGUGACAGAACAUCAGCACCCCUUCCGAUUUGCUCACGGUGAAUACUCCUGAAUAUUUUUGGUUCUCACAUCAGCUCACCCAACUUCACGCAGACCUUUCCGUGGAAGUUUGCAGGAAAAGUUUCAGAUGUGUGUGUCUAGGUGUCUGCAGUGUGUUGCUGUCUCGCUGGUUCCCUUGGCGAUUGUCUGCAUGCUGUCCAACAUUCUGCUGCUUCUUCCUGAACUAAAGAUCCACUUCCUGUUGGAGGGGCAUGUCACCAGAGAAGCCACCUGGGCCACAGGUCUGUGGGGGUCAGGCUUCCUGGUUCUACUCGGAGUGCGAGCGUUCAUGCGGAGCAGCAACAUCAGGGGCUGCUGCGCCUUCAGAAGUCAGCACUACGGCAAUGCACGAACACCUGAAACGCCGACACCCUGUAGCUGCAGUGUCUUCAAAUACCGCGAGUUGUGCCAAGCAAAGGUGUGUGGACAAGUUUGUCAUGAGGAAAGGCUCAUGCACCCAAAAAUGGCUGAGGUCUUCACAGAAAGCGUCCUCAACAUGAUCGUCAUGGACAUGAGACCAUUAUCUAUGGUUGAGGAUGAAGGCUUCAAGCAGAUGAUCCAGACCUUCCAUCCAGGCUACACCUUACUUCUACGCCUUCUGAGCAUCUCUUCUCAGCAGCUGGAAACAUCGCCUCAAAGAAGAGAGCCAGCCUCACACCUGAACAUGUUGACAUGCUCACGUUCCUGCACUGCAAUUUCAAGAAAUUAUAAUCUAUUGUUCAGUCACUUGGACUGGAAGGUAGAUUUGUUUACAUUAAGUUUAUUUGGACUUUUGGACUUUGGAUGGGCUAUUUGCUUUAUUUACUUUGAUGGACAUAACAGUCACUUUAAAGAAAGCUAUCCUUUAGUUAUUUAUAACCUGCACGGCAGGUGAACUGCUACUAUUUUGAAUUAUUUAUUUAUACAUCAAAGACUACUUGCACUUUUGUUUGCACAAGUUUGUAUUAUUUAGUUUAUUUCCUUUUCAUUGUGAUACAAAAAAUAUACUUACUAACAAAUAGACUUACUAUGUGCCAAACUCAUGUUUCAUGUGCCAUUAUUCUAAUUUGCUUUUGCUGGUUGAAAUUCACAAGUGUGCAUGCUUAAGCAGGCGAGGUAAAACAGGGAUCAAAAAUACUAUGCAAGAUAAUCGUGAUUAAUCGACUAAUCAAAAAAAUUAUCAAUAGAUUAGUCGACAUAAAAAAUAAUUGUUAGUUGCAGCCCUAUCUGUUUGUCUGGACAGGGAAAAGGGAGAUAAUGGGGAGAAACUAGCCUUCAGAUAUAGCGUAGCCUCACACGGGGCACCAGUUAUUGUAGCGUAAUUUAUUCAUGGCGAGAUCAGAUGUUGUCUCAGGUGUAACAAGUGUGUCUAUCUGUCGCCAGAUGUUGUCUCAGGUGUUCCUCUCAGCUGUGUGUCUGCUGGCUGCUGGGUUCUGCUGUCUCGUCAGUGCCACUGGUCUCUCUCAGGGUCCUCUUUGUCUUUACAACACUACCUCUGGAUACACCUGGGGGGUCCCACUGCAAC